AUGAGUAUCGCUAUAUGCAAGGAAGCAAUGGAGAUCCUCGCUCCCAUACACUAUUUGAUAUGCUUUGUUGUCCUACGUUCCGUGAACCCGAAGCUCCAUGACACCUUCUGGGAUAUGACUGACGAGGAGUUUAUGCGUGGUAUUCGGAGAUUGUUGGUCGAUAUCGUGGCUGAAGUUGGUGUUUUCAUGCUACUCGUAGUCGCCAUGAAGCGGUUGCUUUGA